GAGGCCCCAGUUUCCGGCCAGCGGGGAUUCGCGGAACAGCGCCCCAGCGUGGGGCGGAGCGGGAGCGCCUCGGAGGAGGUGGAAGCCAUUCCGGUUCCGGUAGUGCGAGAUGCCUGUGAAAAGAUCUCUGGAGUUGGAUGUCUUAUUACAGGAAAAUGGCAAAUGGAACUUGAUCAGCCUCACGCGUUCUCCAGAAGAGGGCAGCCUCGAGCAGAGGACAAAGAUGACAUCAUGAUAUUACUCUAUAAAAUUGACAGCUCCUUAGAAAAAUUCACAGAAACAUGGAAAAGUUUAAAACGUUUACAGGCCUUGUUGGGCCGGCCAGAGCUGGAAAAUCUCAUCGGUGUUUCGUGUACGUCACUGGAUUUGAGAAGCCAAGUGCGGAAGACCAGAGAACUGAUGAUGAAAGUAAGAAAACAGGAACAGCUGAAAAAGGAAACACUGAAACAUUUCCCAAGAGAUUUUGGUCAUCUCAACAGCUAUGAGUUCCUCAAAUCCAUUAUUAACUGAGGCAUUAGGAAGAAAUGCAUUCAGUAUGAACACCAAAUUCGACAUCUGUUUGGUCAUAUUUAAAGGGACAGAAGAAAUGUUUGUAAACCAAUCUGCCUAGCAAAUACCAGUUCAGGAUGGCUCACGGAACUAGGCAGGUGCACAUCGAGAUAAAAUUUCUUGCAUCUAAUUUAAACUUUACUACACACACCAGCAGAUAAUCUCAAUGUAAAUAAUACAUUUCUUCAUGACUCUUUUAUGAAAGCUUGUAUGUAAAAGGAUCCUGAUUUAUUAUUCUGUAGCACAAUUUUUUAUACUUUAAGUACAGUUUCUUAUGUGGAGGUUUAAUAAAGCACA